ACCAUGCGUCGUUAACCGAAGGGAUUUGUUGGCCGGAUCGCUGGCUGCUCCGCUGGCGUUGACUCUCGCGGGAUCAGCUAGCGCGGAGCAAGAGGCUUCAGACUUCGUGACGUUCGACAAUCCCAAGGAGAAAUACACCUUCCAGGUCCCUGCAGAAUGGGUGCGCAGCGAGGGCACGGCGGGAGUGCGCAAGGUGAUCGCCUUCCACCCGCCGGACCGCACGGAUGCCAAUGUGACCAUCCUCAUCACGCCUCUGGCAGCCGAUUUCACGUCGCUGGGGUCGUUUGGCACCGUGGACGCCUUUGCAGAGACGCUGGUGAACGGCCUGGACCGCAGCUGGCAGCCCAGUCCCGGGCAAAAGGCAGUGCUGUUGGGGGCCAAGUCCGACAAUGACACGUACCUGGUGGAGUACACGCUGCAGAAGCCCAGCGAGCCCUGCAUUCACCUCUACUCCGCUGUGGCCACGGGGCAGAAUGUGUGGUACAACAACCUCUUCACCUUCACCGGACAGUAUCCUGAGGACGAGGCUGCUACAUUCAAGCCAACAGUGGACAAG